ACUGAUGACCAAGUAUGAUCCCAAUGCCGAUGUUGAGGGUCUUGAAUCCUCACCGUGGAACUUGCGCCCGGAAACCAAGCGACUUCAAAACGUUAUAUUGGUAUUCAUAUUGACCACCCUGUAUCUCCCGGUCUCAAAACUCUCGAUCGACGUCCUCGUGUGGUCUGACUCAUUUUGGGCCGUACCCAAUCCAUAUGUAAAUGAAGAUAACCCGGUAUUCGGCAAGGCCGCUGGGGGUAUGCGGAAUCCUGGUGACUUUUGCUACGUCACCAGUAUGAAACAAGAUUCAAUGAACUUUGCGCCGAUACUCAUUGGGGUGGCGUUACUGACGCUUGGAGGUUUCACAUUCUGGUUCCCUAUUGCGUUGAAAAGGUUGGUCGAUAGGAAUUUGCCGAGAGUGGACAGAUAUAAUGAGCUUGGUGAAAUCAUCGCUUCUUCAGAGGAAGAAUACAAAAAUUUGCUGCAAAAAGACACUUGUCCUUAUAAUUUCUUGUACAAUGUUUACAGCGAAAAGUGGGCGGCUUACAAAACAUUUAUCAUGGCCAACAAAUUUGUCAACAUCCUUUUUGUGGUCAUGAUAUCUAAAGACAAUUGUUUAUUCCGGAGUAUACCAAGAAUAUACACCGACAUAAACACGAGUGAAUACUGGUCACGUUCCGGAUAUGUGGUGAAUUCUGUGCUUGCCAUUGUUAUUGCAUUCCAAGUAGGAUCCCUUAGUGCGAUAAAAAGCGCAUCACUUGUGAUAAGUUACCUUUCUGUUUCGAUAGUGGCAUGGUAUGUGUUUCAGGAAACCGAAAGUUAUCGCACCAUCCUGAAAAAGGUCACGAAAAGGUUGGAUUUCAGUUUGAACAUUUAUUCGUCAAAGUUGGAUUUUUCGAAACAUAUAAAAAGAAGGGUUUGGCAGGAAACUUGGAGUACGCUGUUGUUAACCUCGGAUCAACUUAAGAUGCCGGAGGAUAAGGUGGUGGCUUAUUCUCAAAGUGUAUAUCGUCCACCUUAUUUAUUGAAUUUCUCGGGGACAGUCGCUGAACGACAUGUAGAAAACCUGAAGAUCAUCAGGCAGAUUGGAUUGAGGAAUUACAUAUCAUCCAUGGCACCAAUGUCAUCCUCACUAUUAGAGAUGAGAGAAAAAAUCGUGAAUAAUUACGUUGGACCUGACAUGUAUUAUGCUCCAGAAUUCUUGUCGCUAAAGAUCAUGACAUGUUUUGGGAAGGCUUACGUGGUACCGUUUCCCUUUAGUGUGGUGAUGGUGUACGACGAGGAUGAAAGUGUCAUCACCCUGACACAGGAAUGGGAGAUUGCUAGAUAUAUACAACAAAACGAGAACAAGGAGAUUAUGAGGCGUCGGUUAGUUAGACAAAUGAUUAGAGCUCUCGAUGGAAAAACUGUGAUCGGACCUUGUUAUUACGGGAAUGACAACGAGGUUUAUUAUGACGCAGGUGAUAAGAUACGACGCAAGCAGCAUUCAAAAUGGAAAGAUUACAAUAUGAAUCCUGGAUUUGAUGUGACCAUCACGUAUACUGCCGCUUCAAAAUGGAACUCUCCUCAGGACUCUUCAAAACCAACACAUGAACGAGUGGUGUCACAUGAUGUCAUCGGUAUAACAACGGAUUUCCAGAUGACUCCACAAUUGGAAAAACUAUUCACGGACAAUUAUGACUUGUUGUCAGUUGGGCUAAAUGAAAUACAAAACUUGAUGGAAGAAUACCGAGAGUAUUAUAGAGACGAAGCUAAAGUAAAAGAAAGGACACUGUCUUACGGAUUUUUCAUAAACGUUUACGAUAAUCCAUCGAUACCUCUCGAAUCUUUACCGGCCCUACUGGUAAACACAGAGGAAAAUUCAAUCGUACAAGCUAUACCCGAGACCGAUUACCCAAGUUUAAUAUAUUUGUACGAGCGAAUGAGGGCAGUGAAUUUGUCGCGGGUACAUCAAUGGUGGUAUUUGUUCUGGGAAGAUUUGUGGAGGAAGAAUCACAAAGAGAUUCCCGAGUUGAACAAACAUCCACAGGAUUUCUCACCAGCCUACAGGACCAGCGUAUGUUAUAGACCUAUGGUAAGGUUAGAGUUGGAGGAAUUCUUGGAGAAAAGAGGGUGUUGGAAGAAUGAGGGAAAGAAGGGAUUUUUAAACAGUGGGGUUUUAAAUCGUAUAUAUUUGUAUUUGAAUAACGUGGUUUUCGAGGUUUCCGAUGGGAAAAGCAAACGAAAGAACGACAUCGAAGAAGAAAAACAAAAGAAAUGGAAUAUAACAAAAGGGAAUACCAUUGAUGACAAUAGCGAAUAUCACAUGUUCAAGAAUAAGGUUGGAACUACAAUGAGGGAGCGGGUGCUGUUAAUGAGAGACUUGCUGUUGAAAAAGAAUUCGAAUCUGCCAAGGACAAGGCCGUUCUUU